AUGGGAAACCGGAUGUGCGGGGUGGGGCGGAGGGGGGCGGUGGAGGAGCGGCUGACGAGGCCGCAGCGGCUGGUCCGGCAGCCGUCGAACGUCGACUAUAAGAAGCUCAGGAAGCUCAUCCUCUCCAGGAAGCUCGCUCCGUGCUUCGACGCCCUCGAGGAUCCCAGCCUCGACCUCGAAGAGUGUCCCAUCUGUUUCUUCGUAAAUAAUUGCAAACCCGAUGACUCCAGAUAAAUUAUCUUCCCGUGAUUUGUGAUCAAAGUUUGACGGUUUGUGACUCUUUAUUUCUUCUUUUAUUAUUUAAAAGUACUAUCCGAGCCUGAAUCGGUCAAGGUGUUGCUCGAAGGGAAUCUGCACUGGUAAACGUUCUUUUCUUGUUGCGACUGGGUGUCUUGUGGAAUUCAUUUGUUUCACUGUGAAAUCUCUGGAACCACGUAUGCAGAGUGCUUUCUUCAGAUGAAGCCGUCGAAUGCCACGCGCCCUGCUCAGUAUCCUUCUGUUUUCAUAUUUCCCUCGAAUAUCUCGUCCGAUAAUUGUGGUGCGAUAUAUUUAUAUGGUGAUGGCUACAAAAUAAAUUACUUGAUAUUGUAUCCUCCGGACAUAUUUGAAAUGAUAUUUUCUUGUUCGAUAGCUGUUGAUCCUUAGCCCAGACGUCCCAAACGUUUUUGAUGAUCGUCGAUUUUCUAUGUUCCAUCGUAAUGCAGCCUGCCUUUUAAAGCUAAAUCAAUUCAAGGCAGGCAUUUCAAACCACCAGAUGAUUUUUUUUAAGAUUAGCAUUCACUCUCUCCGCUGUAGGGUCGAUUCACAUUGCUCAAAUUAAUUGGUUACAGGUUCAUCUUCCGCAUACAAAUUAACCCAAUGUUGCUGAAUACCUCAGUCUCUGUCCGCGAAUUUUCAUAUUGAUUUAGUGGCAUUCCUUUCCGCAUUUUAAUUUGUCGUUGUAGCACAGAUGUUCCUUCUAUAGCACUAGAUCUUCGAAGUUAACUUCAUCUCCUUGGUAGGAUGCUGCGUGAUUUUUCGUUGGUUCACUCCAAAGUGAUGCUGCUAAGAACGGUAAAAGCUGGUAACAUUGUUUUUGUUCAGCUCCUUAACUCCUGAAGGUGCCCCUUCUGCAAGACUUCUUCUUAUGCAGUUGAAUAUCGUGGUGCUAGGACCAAGGAGGAAAAGGAUCUCGAACUAGCCGUACAAUCCUGAUCCCUUUGUUCUUUGGACUAGUUUGGGUCGCAAGAAAUUGAGACCAUGUUUACACACUUAAUGAAGGUAACCAUUGUCAAUAUUGAAUAGGAAGAGAAGAGGGUUAUUGAGGCAAAGCUAAGGAUGAAAUCUGAGGCGUCACAAAACGUUGACAAGCCCAGGUUCCCAAAACUGUCGUUCUUCUAUCUUAAUUUCAAUAUUCAGUUACUUUUGAAGGAUGUGUUUUACAGUUUGCAUCAACUAUGUCCAUAA